CGCGCCGGCCGGGCCGGGCCGGGCCGGGGGUGUCGGAUGUCACCCCCAGCGCACACCUCGGCCGGGGGGCGGAGGAGCGAACCACUGAGAUGCGGAGACCUCCCCGGUCCUAGAGCGGAGCAGGAAGUGUCCCAGGGGAGGGAGCCGGAGGGCUUCGGCCUUUCCUUUCCUCCGCGUCCGGCGGGCUCCGGAGGCGGUCAGGCCUGCACGGCCCGCCAACUGGGACGCGGCGCGGCGGUGAGUGCGGCCCAGGCGGCCCAGGCUUCUGUGGCCCGCGCGCCCUGCCUCGCUUCCAGGAUCCGUGCGGAGACGGGGGCUCGGCUAGCCAGGGACGGAGUGGCCUCUGCAGAGAACCCGCCUCAGGAAGCACACCCGGGGGACCGGGCUGGAAGGAUGAGGAGCUGCUGCCGCAGACUUCCGCCGCAGGAGGGAUUUGAGUUAGACACAGGGAAGGAGUUCCAGGCUGUGAGCUCAUUUUGUAAAGGUCUCAAGGGCAAAGACGGUGACUUUGGCUCUGAAGCCUCAAGAUAGCGGCCUUCUCAGCUCGUCCAUUUCAGGUCCUUUCCAGGAGGACCUGGACACCGAAGGGUCGUCUUCUGCUGCUGACCCCCAUCAAAUCCCAUCAUGCCCACAGCCCUGUGCCCCCGAGUCUUGGCUCCAAAGGAAAGUGAGGAGCCCAGGAAAAUGAGGAGCCCACCGGGAGAGAACCCUAGCCCCCAGGGUGAGCUUCCCAGCCCCGAGUCCUCCCGCCGCCUCUUCCGACGUUUCUGCUACCAGGAGGCGGCGGGCCCCCGGGAGGCCCUGCACCGCCUCUGGGACCUGUGCCGGGGCUGGCUGCGGCCUGAAAGGCACACCAAGGAGCAGAUUCUGGAGCUGCUGGUGCUGGAGCAGUUUCUGGCCAUCCUGCCCCGGGAGAUCCAGGGCUGGGUGCGGGCCCAGGAACCUGAGAGUGGCGAUCAGGCUGUGGCUGCUGUGGAGGCACUGGAACGAGAGCCGGGGAGACCCUGGCAAUGGCUCAAGCACUGUGAAGACCCCGUGGUGAUUGACGAUGGGGACAGCCCUCCAGACCAGGAGCAGGAGCGGCUGCCAGCAGAACCCCAGAGUGACCUUGCAAAGAGCCAGGAUGCCCAGCCCAUGGCCCUGGCUCAGGGCCCCGGGCUUCCAAGCAGACUCUCGGGCCAGCUCAGCGGGGACCCAGUUCUGCAAGACACUUCCCUUCUUCAGGAAGCGAGUUUGAGGGACGCACAGCAGGUGACUGCCCUCCAGCUGCCCCCGGUGAGUGAUUUCUUCAAGGGUCUUUGAGA